AUGUGGGCGGCGGCAAUCGCGAGCUUCUUUGUCUUCUCACUUUUAGCGUGGCCUUCAGCGCAAAAUUAUAGGUUGCACGGCAACACCGCGACAUUAUUGGAUUCCUAUUACGCGAAGACUCCGCUUUCAUUUGAGAGGUCGAGGAUACAACAAUCUCAAGAUGCCAAGCUUCCAGACGACAAGGUCAUUGUCAUGGCCAGGACCCAGAGCGAACAUACGGAAUGGGUAGCAGAGAACCUCUCUGGCUGGCAUUCUGCAAUCUACAACGUCGAUAACACUUCCGCAGCUCUCCACACUCCGCUCAACAAGGGCCGCGAAGCAAAUGCCUAUCUCCUCUUCUUGAUCCAACACUACCAUAAUCUCCCUUCCAUAAUCGUAUUCCUGCACGCGCAUCGCGAUACCUGGCCCGCAGCAUGGCACAACGAUGCGCCCGCCUACGACAACGUGAAAGUUCUGGACGCGCUCAAACUAGACUACGUCCGCAGCCAAGGCUACGUCAAUCUCCGCUGCAACUGGAUCCCCGGUUGUCCCGACGAGCUCCAAUACAAGCGCGAGCAGAAAACCACCGGCAAUCUGACUCUGGAUGUUCAAAACGCCAAGGAGAACGUCGAAAACAAGCUUCCGGAUGUCUGGCGGCAUUUCUUCGGCGAGGAUUCCGAGGUGCCCGAAGUCAUCGCCGCGGCAUGCUGUGCGCAGUUUGCGGUCACCAGGGAGCAGGUCCUCCAACGCCCGCGCAGCGAUUAUGUCCGGAUGCAUCGGUGGCUGAUGGAGACGGAAUUCUCCGAUCAGCUGAGCGGAACGCUCAUGGAGUACUUGUGGCAUAUCAUCUUUGGGCAGGAGCCUGUUCACUGUCCACAAAUGGGUGCGUGCUACAAGGACGUUUUUGGUAAAGAUGAAUGGUGA